UGAGAAUAAGUGAUGGUAAAGGAGGAUGAAAAACGAGGAAGAAGAGGAGGAGGUUUUGGGUUGGGAACGCGGGAGUCCUACGAGUCCUGCCCGGGAUGGCGGUCUGAUGAGGGCCUUCCUGUACAGCCGGGCAUCCGUUCGCAGGCUCGAGGGAAACACUUCCAUAAGCUCAUGUUAAUUUGAAUUUGUGUUGUGUGGGAUUCGGAGAAGCCUUGGGCGAAGAAAAGAGUGAUUCACGCUCCAUGCCAUGCAAUUAUCCUUUAGCAGACUUUUUAGUUGGUAUUCUCUAUCCUCCCUUUUUCAAAUAUUCAUUAUGUGGAUUCUCAACUUCCCCCCGCGUAAUUUCUGUUUUGCUUUAUUUGUGUAAUGAAACUGGGUAAUAACUCGUUUUCGCAUGAUUUCUAUGAGCUUUCAAACUUACAACUCCCAAAACAUCUAGACAGAAGAACAACCAUUCUGGCCGCAUUUACGACGCUGACCAUUAAUUCCUGCACGCAAAAAGACUUGGGGUCUUUUCGCUCUCCUCUACUUUCCGCCCUUGCUAUAGAGGCUCAGCCAAUAAGAAUUCAAGAAUGUCACAUACUUCUCGAUGAUUGAAGGAGAGGGCGUGUGAUCUGGACCAAUCACGAAGACGCAUGGGUGAAUCGCGAGUUUUCAUUGGUUUUCGGCGCGCGAGGCGAGAGUCACCGGCUAGUGUUUCUCACGCAUGGCGAUUCGACGUUUUACAACAGUGCGUUUUCUGGUGUCGUGGUGAGAAGGUGUGCGUGCCGGCCGAAGCGGUUUUUUUAACAACGAGGAAUAUCUUCCCGUGUGACCUUGACCAGCAUCUCCCGGAGGACCUGCCAGCUCCCCCUCCAACUCACCCACCCUCCUACCCGCUCACCUGUCCACGAGCCCUACCCGAGGGCUUCCGCCACGCCCGAGAAGUUUUAAAUUCGUCUUGUGGACCUUGUACUCGAGACACCCCCCGUGCAUGUGUAUUGAUUGCGGAACGUGGACGUGUAUGUCUAAGGCGAGGAUGGGGCGGGCCGUGCGGGCGUAGGGGGGUUGCGUGGGCGGCCAGCAAUGUUCCAGUGCAUCGCAUCGCAGAGACCCGACUGGGGUUACAGCCAGAAGGAGAUGAAGGAGAUUUUCCCAG